GGCGGUGCUAGAGGCCAGACCGGAAGUAGAAGGGUCCUCGAAGGCUCUUGGGCCGUUGAUAUCUGGAGCAUCUCCACAUUUUAUUCCCGAGAGGUAUCAGAGUGAUUUUGGUUGGCCAUGAUUAAGGAUUCUGUGGGCCGGUGAUGGGGGUGUUGUGUAUAAAGUUAGUGAUGGCGGUUUCUGCAUUCAGUGAUGGCGGGUCUGUGGCGUUCCUUGCCGGCUGUUUCGGAGGUCAGUAGUGAAGUCUCGGGUUAGUGAUCGGGAUCUUUAAGGUUUCUAGGUGUCUCUGGGAGCUGUAGGGCAGGAUCUUUCUCCAGACUGCCUUUUUCCCCCUCAACUCAACUGUGGUUGAGUUCACAGAUGUCCACCAAGCUUUAUACCCUGAAGAGAAUAAAGUGUGAGACCUACCAUGACGAUGCCUGCUACCUGGACCCUUCCCCAGAAAUCUCUGGCCCCGGCUCCAGAGGAGCACAGCAGCUCGUUUGAGGAAUGUGCCGUUACAGGGAUCUGUGUCCUUCAGGGAUGUGGCUGUCGAUUUCAGCAAAGAGGAGUGGCAGCAGUUAGACUUUGCUCAGAGAAACCUGUACCGGGAUGUGAUGCUGGAGACUUACAGCCACCUGCUCUCAGUAGGGUAUCAAGUUCCUGAGCCAGAGGUUUUCAUGUUGGAGCAGGGAAAGGAGCCAUGGGCAUUGCAUGGUGAGAGCCCACAUCAGAGCUGUCCAGAAGAAUUGUGGCAGACUGAUGACCAAAUAGACAGCUAUCAGCAGAGAGAAAACAAAUCUUUAAGAGAUGUUGCUUUCAUUAAGAAAAUACUGACUACAAAGAGGGAUUAUGAAUACAAAGACAUUAGAAAAAUAAUUCAUGUGAGCCAAAACAUUCCUUCCCCAAAAAGACCCCAUCAAUGUGACUCUUUUGGAAAUGCGUUGAAGCAUAAUUUAGACUUACAUAGUCAUAAUAAAAACAAUGCAUCAAAGAACAUUAAUAAUAUUACUGAAUAUGAUAAAAUUUCUUCCUAUAUUGAACAAGAGUAUACUCCAGAGAAAUUAUGGGACCAUAAUCAUGUAAAAAUCCUGAGCUAUAAACAAAUACCUUCUCAACAUCAGAAAAUUCAUACUGGGGAGAAAUCUUAUGAAUGUGCUGAGUUUGUAAAGAUCUUCACCCAGCAGUCACAACUCAAGGUCCAUCUUGGAGUUCAUACAGGAGAAGAACUGUAUGUGUGUGUUGACUGUGGGAAGGCAUUUGUAAAGAAGCCAGAAUUCAUUACACAUCAGAGAACCCAUACUAGAGAGAAGCCCUACAACUGCAGUGAAUGUGGAAAAGCCUUUUUCCGAGUAUCUUCUCUCUUAAGGCAUCAGAGAAUUCAUACUGGAGAAAAACCCUAUGAAUGCAAUGAAUGUGGGAAAGGCUUCUCUUAUAACUCAGAUCUUAGUAUACAUCAGAAAAUUCAUACUGGAGAGAGACACCAUGAAUGCAGUGAUUGUGGCAAAGCAUUCACCCAAAAGUCCACCCUGAAGAUGCAUCAGAAAAUUCAUACAGGUGAGAGAUCCUAUAUAUGUAUUGAAUGUGGACAGGCAUUCAUUCAGAAGACACACUUGAUUACACACCGAAGAAUUCAUACUAGAGAAAAACCAUAUGAAUGCAGUAACUGUGGGAAGUCCUUCAUUUACAAGUCACAACUCCAGGUACAUCAAAGGAUUCACACAAGAAUGAAACCUUUUAUAUAUACUGAAUAUGGGAAGGCCUUCAACAAUAAUUCCAAUCUCACUACCCAUAAGAAAGUUCAGAUUAGAGAUAAAUCUUCCAUAUGCACUGAAUGUGGUAAGGCCUUUACAUACAGGUCAGAGUUGAUUAUACAUCAGAGAACUCACACUGGAGAAAAACCUUAUGAAUGCAGUGAUUGUGGAAAAGCCUUCUCUCAGAAGUCGGCACUCACAGUGCAUCAGAGAAUUCAUACAGGAGAAAAAUCAUAUAUAUGCGUGAAAUGUGGGCUAGCCUUCAUCCAGAAGGCACACUUGAUUGCACAUCAAAUAAUUCAUACAAGAGAGAAACCUUACAAAUGUGGUCACUGUGGGAAAUCCUUUACUUCCAAGUCACAACUCCAUGUGCAUAAGCGAAUUCACACAGGAGAGAAACCCUAUAUGUGUGCUAAAUGUGGGAAGGCAUUCACCAACAGGUCAAAUCUCAUUACACAUCAGAAAACUCAUACAGGAGAGAAAUCUUAUGUGUGUCCUAAAUGUGGGAAGGCCUUCACACAAAGGUCAGACUUGAUUACACAUCAGAGAAUUCAUACUGGAGAGAAGCCUUAUGAAUGCAGUACCUGUGGAAAAGCCUUCACCCAGAAGUCACACCUCAAUACACACCAGAAAAUUCACACUGGAGAGAGACAGUAUGAAUGCCAUGAAUGUGGAAAAGCUUUCAACCAGAAAUCAAUACUAAUUGUGCAUCAGAAAAUUCAUACAGGAGAAAAACCCUAUGUAUGCACUGAGUGUGGAAGAGCCUUCAUUCGGAAGUCAACCUUCAUUACUCAUCAGAGAAUUCAUACUGGAGAGAAACCUUAUGAAUGCUGUGACUGUGGGAAAUCCUUCACUUCUAAAUCUCAGCUCAUGGUGCAUCAACCAGUCCACACAGGAGAAAAGCCGUAUGUGUGUGCUGUAUGUGGGAAAGCAUUUAGUGGCACGUCAAAUCUCAGUAAACACAAGAAAACUCAUACUGGAGAAAAGCCCUAUAUCUGUUCUGAAUGUGGGAAGACCUUCAGACAGAAGUCAAAGUUGACUAUACAUCAUAGAAUUCAUACUGGAGAGAAACCUUAUGAAUGCAGUCACUGUGGAAAAUCUUUCACUAAGAAAUCACAGCUGCAAGUACAUCAGCGAAUUCAUACAGGAGAGAAGCCUUAUGUGUGUGCUGAGUGUGGGAAGGCCUUUACUGACAGAUCAAAUCUGAAUAAACACCAGACAACGCACACUGGAGACAAACCCUAUAAGUGUGUAGUCUGUGGGAAAGGCUUUGUGCAGAAAUCAGUGCUCAAUGUUCAUCAGAGUAUACACACUUGAGAGAAAUAGUAUAAGAAAAUUUUAGUGAGAUCUAGUCUGAUUGUACAUUAGUGAAUUCACGUGGCAGAAAAAUAUUCAUGAGUAGAAAUGCUCCAUCAAAAUGUCACUCAUUACAGAAGAGGACCUCUGAGAGGGCCCUGAACAAGGGGGGCCCUUCCCAUAUUGUCACCAGUCUCAUUAAGCCUUGGGUCAUCCUUACUGAGAAGGAACUUUGCCAAUUUGAUACAUUAGAAUGCCUCAUGAAAAAUAAAAUGGAAAGUGUAACAC